UUUUCAGAUUGCCCGGGGUCGCAGUCAGAGGAGGCGGGGAAGGCAGAUGCGUGCGCCGGGUGCCCUAAUCAGCAAAUCUGUGCCACUGCCCCAAAAGGCCCUGACCCUGACUUGGUGACUAUAGCAGAGAGAAUGGCAACUAUAAAACACAAGAUACUUGUCCUAUCUGGGAAGGGUGGUGUCGGAAAAAGUACUUUCGCGGCACAGCUCUCGUUUGCAUUGGCUGAGAUGGACUCCCAGGUUGGCCUUCUUGACAUAGACAUAUGUGGGCCUAGUAUCCCCAAAAUGCUGGGGCUUGAAGGGCAGGAUAUCCACCAGAGCAACCUUGGCUGGUCCCCGGUCUAUGUUGAAUCGAACCUUGGGGUUAUGUCAAUUGGUUUCAUGCUCCCAAAUCCUGAUGAGGCUGUCAUAUGGAGGGGCCCUCGCAAGAAUGGACUCAUCAAACAGUUCUUGAAGGACGUGGAUUGGGGUGAGCUGGACUAUCUUGUGGUUGAUGCUCCGCCUGGAACAUCUGAUGAGCACAUUUCUAUUGUACAGUUUCUGCAAGCCACAGGCAUAGUUGGUGCGAUCAUCGUUACCACCCCACAGCAAGUGUCUUUGAUCGAUGUGCGAAAGGAGAUCAGUUUCUGCAAGAAGGUUGGCAUCCAAGUUUUGGGGAUUGUCGAGAACAUGAGCGAGUUGAGGCAGUCGAUUUCAGAUUUCAGGUUCGUGAAGUCGACUGAGUCCGGACAUGAGAAUGAUGUAACAGAGUGGGCACUUAGCUAUAUUAGAUCAAAUGCUCCGGAGCUGCUGUCCGUAAUCUCAUGCUGCGAGGUCUUCGAUAGCAGUAGAGGUGGGGCUGCAAAGAUGUGCGCGGAAAUGAGAGUCCCAUUUCUCGGGAAGGUGCCGAUGGAUCCUCAUCUUUGCAGAGCCGUAGAGGAAGGGCGCUCAUGUUUCACGGAUCAGAAAUGCACUGUGAGCGCUCCGGCACUAAGAACAAUCAUUGAGAAACUGGUUUCCUCUUGUCAAUAAAUUUCAAGAAAUGAUGUUUGCAGCAAGUUAUAUGACAAGAUCACUACGCGACUGCCGAUCGUCAAUUACCUCUCACCGUUUCUUUGAUCACGUGUGUUUUGUUAUAAUUCUUGUAUCAGGCUAAUCAAAAAACAUAUUGGCAUUGCCAGGUUUUUGUUACACAGAUAGCUAAGAAGAUUAUUCUUUUCUUGUUAUUGUGGAAUGUUUGUUUUGUUUAUUCGGACUGCUGAGCGGAAUAGUUUCAGAUGAACUCA